AUGGCUUACCCUUUCGACGAUCCAAUAAAGCAAACCACCAAGAUUGACCAACCUUUAGGAACACAAUCAACUACUCCAAACGUGUCUCCUCCGGCCCCUCCCCCCAGCGACGGUACUUCUAAGGGUUAUUGCGCUAGAACUCACGACUUCCUUUCAGCAGGUUUGCAUAAAUGCAAAACAUAUGUCCUAUCAACUAAGGAGUAUCUAUCUACCAAGACAUGCAACUUCACCAAAACUUUAGCUAAUCCUAUCGUCUUCUUGAAUUUCCUAUUUUGGUCAGCCUCUCUAUCGUCGUUAUUCAUCUACUAUAUCAAGUACGAAAAAUCAUUCCUUCAAGAUAGAUCAAAUAAAUUCAUCUGGAGCUCUUUGGCCGGUUUAGGUACAUUGUUGACCUUCGACACCUUGGUUUCCAAGAAAUAUUACGAUAGCACUAAGAAAGAUUAG